UCGUGCGAGUCUAAGCGCCAUUGUUCAGCGAAGAGGGCAGCAUUCGAGGAAAUUCGAAAAGAUUCAAAUCCUGGGUAACCAAAAGAGAGCAAGAGCGACGGAGAGAAUGGGGGAAAGUGAAAACAACAUGAGAGCGGUAAAGUUAUCGAGCCCCUCAGGCCAGAAGAAGAAAAAGAGAGUGACUCCGAGAACUUCGUCUUCUUCCUUGGAGGAAGAUGGGAGCCCCAUCAGACACAUUCUCUGUGUCAAAAACAAGGUCGAUGUCAAGCAGUUCGAGGAAGUCGAUGACUGUUUCAUCUUAGAUUUCGACCCAUUUGAGCCCAUUCAGUUAUCCAAGUUAUCCGUGUCCGAUAAUUUUGCUGGUGAUAAUGUUGAUGCUCCGGAGUCUCCUGACGUUGCCGUUGUUGCUGAGAAAGGCCAGGUUGCUUGUAGAGAUUAUCCACAUUCAAGGCAUCUCUGUCUGAAAUUCCCUUUUGAAACAACGCCUCACGAAAGCUACUGUGAGCUGUGCUACUGCUAUGUAUGUGAUUCAGCAGCUCCAUGUGGGCUAUGGAAUUUAGCACAUUGCCAUGCUUCUGAGCACAUUGGUGAUUGGAAGUCCAGAAGAUAUUUAAGGAAGCAGCAAGCAGCUGCUAAGAAAUGAACAAACUCCCAAACUCUUGUUUUAAGCCAGAUUGCAGUUAAUGGUAUACCAGAAAUACCAAGAAAAGUGAACUGUUUUGCUAUUAGGUGGUCAAGUUCAAGUAAUUUUGUUGUUCAUAGGGGGUACUUGACUUGGCUUUGUAUUAUGUCUGGCUUGAAAAUAUGCAGUUUACAUCUUAUGAAAUGAUGCAGAAGAAGCAUUCUAUGCGUUUGAUUU